CCGCUCCUCCCUUCCCAAGCUCUUAAGCUGCGCUGCCCUGCGGCCUGCCCUCUGCCCUCUCACGCUGCCCCGUGCCUCCGUGCCUCUGCCUGCCCUGCCUGCCUGCUUGCAUCUGCUAUCCACUCGGCGCGGCACCCUCCCAGGCACGCCCAAACGCGGCCAUUCAAGCGCCCCGCUUGCCAUCCUUCCGCGGCCACCAGCGCCCUAUUUUCCGGGCGAAACGCGCCAGCAUCAGUAUCGCAGUCUUACGCCGCCCCUUUUGCAUUGGCUGUGCUCCGCUGCGACACCUCGCCGCACUGUGCCUGAGUCGCACCAUCCGCCGCAACAGGAUUUGCGCUGUGUUUGCGCGUCGCCAGCCCGCCGUCAUCUGCAGACGCCCGGCCUCCCGUGUGUGAUUGGGCACGCCGCCGCAUAUUGCAGGGUUCCUCGUCAACGGCAGCAACAUGCUUGCGGAACCGUCAAUGCCUGAACGACGCCCGUCGCCCGGGCUCUCGCUCAACCUGUCCUCCAACAACCCCUUCCGCAACAGAGCCUCGUCGCCCGGCUUCCCCUCUCCCGCCAACCAGUCGGACCGCUCGAGUUCCGCCAGCAGGCCCAUGUCGCGCAAUCCGUUUCUGUCGACCUUCGAGGCCGAGUUCAACAAGGAGGCGCGCCGGACCGACCUCGUCGACAUGUCCGCCACCAUGAAGGCCUCGCCCAAGAAGGAGACGUUCGUCACGGGAUCGGCCGCCGAGGAGCUGUUUAAAAACCUCACAAUCGACGAGCCCAGCAGGCGGCGCGAGCCGUCCAGACCCACCCACGGCCGCAGCGACACCGAUCCCCGCGGCGGCCACCGCCCCUCGCGCUCCGACGAGGAAGACCGCGACAGGAACCGUGGAGCCCCUCGCGGUCCGCCGCGCCCCCGAGGCCCGCCAGAGCCGCGCCGGCCCAUGCAGGGCAGCCCUGACCGCCGCGAGCGUCGCGCACGCAGGAACUCUGACUCGUCCAUCAUCGACAAGGCAGCACAGGAGAAGGAGGACCGCCGGCGCCGUGAGCGUCGCAGAGAGCGCGAGCGGGAGGAGAAGGACCGCGACGGCAAGUCGAGCAGCACGCGCAAAGUGCGCAAGCCUCAGGGGCUCGACCUGAUCGACAAGCUCGACGUCACCGGUAUCUACGGACCGAGCAUGAUCCACCACGACGGGCCCUACGAUGCCGUGCAGCCGCACCGCAACCGCAAGAAGGACCAGCGUGCUCCCAUGUCCGCGUUCCCCGUCGGCUCUGCCAACAACUCUCUCGGCGGUGCGGGACCCCUGAACACGAAGAUCGAUCUUGACCGAAUCCACGGCCGAGGCGCAGAGGGCUUCACAGACUUCAACAGCGGCAACGAGUGGAAGAAGGCGCCUGCUGUGCCUACGGGCGAGUUCAGCGCCAAGGGCCGGGAUGACAUUGUCCACGGAGAACAGACACACGGCCUGGGCACUUCCACUUUCCUAGAAGGCGCACCUGCGUCACGCACUGCAGUCGAGCAGGAUUUCGAACAGAAGAGGGCCGAGAACAAUGGUCUUGGACGUAAGAAGUCUAUUGCUCAGCGCUUCCGCGGAAUCUCGCAGCCGAGACGUCAAUACGGUGACGGGCCUAGGAUCCAGUCACCAGAGGCUCGCUACGGCGGCCAGCCCAGCCCGCAGGGUCCAUACAGCGCGGGAGCCUUGACCCAGAACAAGACAACAGAGCUGAACCCGUUCUUCGAUGAGUACAACAAGGCUUACGACAACAAGGGCGCAUCGAUUCAGGCAAAUGACUCCCGCUACAAGGAUGAUUCCCCGCCCCGUGCUCCCUUACAGCGUGCAAUCACCACAGAUAGCACAAACUCUAUGGGCGAAUCAAAGCCCACUGGGUUCCUCGGCCGCAUGAAGAGCAUCAAGGGUGGGCGCAGACGGCAGGCUUGAACGACGUCAGACUCUCUGCGGCUCCACGGCGUCGGCGUUCUGCAGCUACUCUCCUAGAAUCGCCUCCUCGCAUUUUUCACUUUCAUUGUCACACAUCUUCACAGAAGACAUAUCUCCUCACAUGUGCAUCAGGCGUACUGGACAUUGAAGUUGGGACAAGGGUCUGGAUACUACUCCCGUGUAUAUUGGUCAAUCCUCUGGGCUGCAACAGGCACCCCAAAAAGGGGUUUUAGUUCUUCUUUUUGCGCUAUCUAGAGCAAACGUUUAAUGCAUGAAUGAGCGGACAGCAAGCUCGAUUCAUUGGUGAUAUUGCGGCGUUGGAAUUUGUAGCUCAACCAAGAAGGAAUCAUUGCAUCGCCGCUCCCUGAAUCCUGCUUGAAUCAUGUUGUAUCGCUUGCACCUUGUGUCUCCAUUGCCCACCUGUCGUCAGCCCAACCCUUGCCCCAGGAUUACCCGUCACCACGCAGC